GCGACAACCUCGAAAUACGGCCCAUUCCACCAUUUGCUGAUGCUUGUUGCGUUGCAGCCGACUGCUGUGCCUAAGCUCCAUCAUGAACUCAAUUACUUUCGACAUUAACGAUGCCCUCAAACAUUACAUGAGCGAUCCCGCAACAAUCUCUACCCCCGAAGCCGAUGUCAACCUCGUCGACUGCGAGAACGAUCCUGAAUCCCUCACAAACUCCCUGAUCAACACAGUACUGAAUCCCAUUGUCGACUCAGUUGCAGAAAGCCCAGAUGCGAUAACAAGAAGCUCGUCAUUUGACUCGUUGCAAUUCUUACUAAAAUCUUCCUCCGUCCUACCCACACAUGCCCUAAGCAAGAUUCUUGAUCUUGUCGUCUCGGGGCUCUCGACGGAAGCCGACAUCAUCCACAACGACCUCGAAUCCGACGAACAAGAACUCAUUUCACACCAUAAGCAGCUGCUGGAGGCCUUUGGGUUCUUAUUACAAUGGACUGUUGCGGCUGUCGAGACGAAAGCGGCGGAGAAAUCGAGUACAGCCCCGGCUGCAAGAGGCAGAGGAAAGGCUGCGAAAGCCAAGAGCACUGGGAAGGAUAAGGAUGGUAACUGGGACUCAUCUGCUCAGUUGCAGACUGCACUCGAUAUCAUGUGCAAGGUUCUUAAAUUGAAACUGUCGAAGAUAUUCCUCACCACUUCCGAAAGAGAUACAUUUAUCAGUCUCUUCACUAGGCCGGUUUACAUGGUUCUGGAAAGCGAGCAGAGGGUCAAGAGUACGGCGAUCCGGAUGCACGCCUUCAAGGUUCUGUGUAUUGCAGUGAAGCAUCACGGUCAUGGAUAUGCUGCCCAGAUUUCCAUUGUCCAGAAUUUGACCUAUUUUGAGCAUCUUGCGGAACCUAUGGCCGAAUUCCUGCACAUUCUCUCCGAACAAUAUGACUACCCACAACUCGCCGACGAGAUCCUCCGAGAAUUGAGCAACAAGGAAUUCAACAGCAAUGAUACUAAAGGACCGAAGUCAGUCUCUUCGUUUAUUGUCAAGCUCUCCGAACUUGCUCCUAGAUUGGUCAUCAAGCAAAUGACAAUGUUAGCAAAGCAACUGGAUAGCGAAUCUUAUGCUUUGCGUUGUGCUCUGAUCGAAGUUUGCGGCAAUUUAAUUGCGGACUUGAGCAAGCAGGAAGAGCGUGGAGACAAUCACAAAUCCCAACUCAAUGCAUUUUUCGAUGUGCUUGAGGAGCGCUUCUUGGAUGUCAACCCGUACUGUCGAUGCCGGACCAUUCAAGUUUACAUUAAACUGUGCGAUUUGGAGCAGAAAUUCCCGAAACGCAGACAAAAGGCCGCCGAAUUGGCAGCCAGGAGUUUGGAGGACAAGAGCAGCAAUGUUCGACGAAAUGCCAUCAAGCUGUUGGGGACUCUGAUCAAGACCCACCCUUUCAGUGUAUUGCAUGGAUCUCAAUUGUCUCAAAAGGAGUGGAAUGCGCGUUUAGAUGCAGUGGACGCCGAGCUGAAUGCUCUAAAGCCUCCUGCGGGCACACCAGGAUUGGUUGAGAGCAAAUCAGAUCAGACAAUAGAUCCAGGAUUGGUGGAUGAUGCCACAGUCAUUGAAUCUAGCUCACCGGAGAAGCCAAUGAGUGACGAGCAGAAGAUUGCUGCAGUUCGAAAGGCUCAAGAGGAUGCCGCCACAUCGGAAGCCAUCAACAAGUUGACUUUGACAAGGAGAUACUAUGUGGAGGCUCUCAAGUUUAUUGAGGUCCUGCAUGGUGCCACCAGCGUCAUCUGUCAGCUUCUUGGAUCGAAGAACAAGAGCGAAGUCAUUGAAGCAAUGGACUAUUUUGAGAUCGGAGAUGCAUAUAAUAUCGAACAGAACAAGCUUGGUAUUCGACGAAUGCUGAGGUUGAUCUGGACGAAGGGAAACAGUGACGAAGGCAAAGGAGUCCAGAAUCAUCUCAUCGAAUGUUACAAACGACUGUUCUUCGAAGCCCCAGAUUCCUACAACACCAACGAUGCAGCAAAUUAUAUUGCUCGAAAUAUGAUCAGUUUGACUUUCGGAGCAACACCUGCCGAGUUAACAUCUCUUGAACAACUCCUCAGUACCAUGAUGAAGGCCAAUCAUAUCACUGAACUUGUCGUCUCAAAGCUAUGGCAAGUCUAUGGGGUUCAAAAGAGAGAAAUUUCGAAGAGUCAGCGACGAGGUGCUAUCAUCGUUCUUGGUAUGCUCGCCACAGCAAAGCCAGAGAUCGUAGUUGGAGAGAUGGAGACUAUGUUGCGGAUUGGUCUGGGUGGUCUUGGACGAUCCGACUUGCAAUUGGCCAAGUACACUUGCAUCGCCCUUCGAAGAAUCAACCCAACUGGACGGCAAGCAAAGGAAACCAAUGUGCAGACUUCCAAACUUCCAAACGACCAUGCGGUUCUGGUGAAACUUGCAGCCAUUAUCGAGAUCGAAUCUGACAACAAGGAAUGGUAUGGUGUGGCUGAGCAAGCUAUUAGUGCCAUUUACACCUUGUCGAACCGCCCGGAUACACUCUGCUCCGAGAUCCUACGAAGAAAGACAAGGCACGUUUUUGCACAACGGACUGCAAAAACACCUGAGCCUGAGCAAGAGGCAACCCAGCUUCAAUCACCACCUCCGGAGCCGACCACAGAAACCGAACCAAAGCUGAAGGGGUCCAUCGCUUUGUCACAACUCCUGUUCAUCGUUGGACAUGUCGCCAUCAAGCAGAUUGUUCAUCUCGAACUUUGCGAGCUCGACUUUAAGCGAAGGAAGGCCGAGUCUGAGAAGAACAAAACGUCAGACAAACCUGAAGACAAGGCUGCAAAGGAAGCUGCUGACGAUCUCGAUAUGAUUGGUGGUACGACCGAAGAUGAUUUUACUGAGGCCAUGACUCACAUUCGUGAACGAGAGCUGCUUUAUGGCGAGAGCUCUCUCCUUGCGAAUUUCGGGCCUUUAGUUUCUGAGAUUUGUUCGAAUAACACUACCUAUCGAGACCGCAACCUUCAAGCAGCUGCAACUCUUUGCUUAGCAAAGCUGAUGUGCGUAAGCUCUGAGUACUGCGAGGCCAAUCUGCCACUUCUUAUCACCAUUCUCGAGCGUUCCAGGGAUCCCAUCACUCGAUCCAACGUCGUUAUCGCGCUUGGAGACAUGGCCGUUUGCUUCAACCACCUUAUCGACGAAAACACGGACUUCUUGUAUCGCCGUCUCAAUGACAAGGACGCCAGCGUGAAGCGAACAUGUCUCAUGACUCUCACCUUCUUGAUUCUCGCCGGACAAGUAAAGGUCAAGGGCCAACUUGGAGAAAUGGCCAAGUGUCUCGAAGACGAGGAUAAACGAAUUGCAGAUCUUAGUCGCAUGUUCUUUACAGAAUUGAGUACGAAAGAUAAUGCGGUGUACAAUCACUUUGUCGAUAUGUUCAGUUUGUUGAGUGCGGAGAAGGAUUUGGAAGAAGAUGCAUUGAAGAGGAUUAUCAAGUUCUUGGCAGGAUUUAUUGAGAAGGAUAAACACGCCAAGCAACUCGCAGAUAAGCUCGCGGCCAGGUUACCUAGAUGCGAGACCGAGAGACAGUGGAACGAUGUUACGUAUGCGCUCAGUUUGCUCCAGCACAAGAAUGAAGAGAUCACGAAGUUGGUUACUGGCGGAUUUAGAGUUGUCCAGGCUAGUGCUUGAGGAAGGAAGUGAGCUGUAUGAUAUAUGAAUAAUGUAGAGUGGAGUUGGACUUGGGUUGGAGGCCCGGCCCUUAGGAAGCGGGUGCUGGCGUUUGUUUGCCUGUUUGUAAUGCAUGAUGAAUUGAAGACUUCAAAUCGCUUAUAAAAUAAAAAUUUGCAAACGG